AUGUUGAUGAAUCAAGAGCAACACAUUCAAUCAAUUUUCUACGAACAGUCAGAACAAGCAAGAAAUACAUAUGUUAUACAUCUUAAUGCAUCCAUUGAUUUUAUUAAUGCUGUCACAUUGGGAAAUGCUCUUCACAAUUGCAAAUUGACAUCAUCUGAUGUUCAAAAGGAUAUAGUAAAUGCUUGUGCUAUUGAAACGAUCAAUGUUAUUAUCAAAGAUGUUGGCGACUCACUAUUUUCUAUUCUAGUUGAUGAAUCUUGUGAUGUGUCGAUGAAGGAGCAAAUGUCUAUUGUUUUAUGUUAUGUAGACAAUAGUGAUCAUGUCAAUGAACACUUCAUAGGGAUUGAACAUGUUACAAGUACCACGGCUCUAUCACUUAUGACUGCAAUUGAUAAGAAGAAUGUCCCUAUUACUAACUUCUUUCGUGUGGUUGGGGAUGUGAUAAAUACUGUUGGAGCAUCUUCCAAACGUUGUGAUCUUCUUCGAGAAAAACAAUUAUACUUUAUUGUUGAGGCAUUGGAAAAAGGUGAGCUUUUAAGUGGACGGGGACUUAAUCAAGAAACGACCCUUCAGCGCUCUGGUGAUACACGAUGGAGUUCACAUUAUAAUUUUUUGGUCAACUUGCUUGCCAUGUUCUCUUCUGUUUUAGAUGUACUUACAAUGAUUGUUGAAGAUGAAUCUUGUUCUUGUGAUCAAAGAUCUGAUGCAACAAAUUUAUUGGAGUCAAUACAAAGAUUUGAUUUUGCAUUUAAUCUACAGUUGACGAGAAGUGUGUAA